AUGGCCAAGGCGGCUAUAAAGCUGGCCUGGUAUGACAAUGAAGGCGAACCCUCGACACAUAAUCCCUUCAAGAAAUUCCGGGCGCGACCGCGGCGGACCAACUCCAUUCAACUGGAGAAUCGACUCACUCCUGUGGUUUCCGAAGGUGGUUUGCGACUCUCCGAGGAGCGCCGACGUCGGAGAGAUAUGACCCAAGGCCUGGCCGGUCCAGAGCAUGCGGAUACCUUUCCACCCCAGUCUGCCGGUACAGAUCAGUUGAAUCGCAUUGACAGCGCCGAAAAGGCCGAUACCGAGCGGUCGCUGCGCAGCCAUGACCCCAUCAAUGUGCCGCAACCCGAUCAGCCCGACGAGACGCGACCACGAAAGCGAAGGACUUUUUUGGACAACACAUUCCGAUCCAGCGCUGACGAGGAUCGCAUGACCGCCGACUCCAGCAAGUCUAUGCCCGACAAGCAAAAAUUUACUGCCGUCGGACAACUGAAAGCCACACUGUUCAAUUCCUGGAUCAAUGUCCUACUCUUCGCCGCACCCGUGGGAAUUGCGUUAAAUUAUGUCAACGUCCCUCCGGUGGCGGUUUUCGUGGUCAACUUCAUCGCCAUUAUUCCCCUUGCCGCCAUGCUGAGUUAUGCGACCGAGGAGAUCGCCAUGCGUACUGGUGAGACUAUCGGUGGUCUUCUGAAUGCUACCUUCGGUAACGCGGUAGAGCUGAUUGUCGCGAUCAUCGCCUUGGUUGACGGAGAAGUCGUGAUUGUGCAGACGUCCUUGAUCGGUAGUAUGCUGUCCAACCUGCUCUUGGUCAUGGGUAUGUGUUUCUUCUUCGGCGGCAUCGACCGCCUGGAGCAACACUUCAAUCCCGUGGUUGCACAAACCGCAGCCAGUCUUUUGGCGUUGGCUGUGGCCAGUCUUAUCAUUCCUACAGCUUUCCAUGCUUGGUCAGAUGCUGGGGAGACUGGAAUUGCGGAAUUGUCCCGCGGCACCAGUGUUAUAUUACUGGUUGUAUAUGGAUGUUAUCUGUUCUUCCAGCUCAAGUCGCACACAGAGAUCUACAACGCCCCUAGCCCCAAGGUGGAAAGAAGACGCCAGAAAAUCAACGAAGGCGACGCCAGUCGGGGGAUCGCACAGAUUGGCAAGAUGACGGCCUCGAUGGCUGGUGAGCAUGCUCAGAAGGUGGAGCUUCAGGAACCAGACGAUGAGGAACAGCCUCAGCUCAGCAUCUGGGUGGCCGUGCUGACACUUGUCAUCUCGACUGUCUUUGUUGCGCUUUGUGCCGAGUUCAUGGUUGAUUCUAUCGAUGCUCUCACACAGACCGGCAAUAUCUCGGAGACCUUUGUGGGGUUGAUCCUUCUUCCCAUUGUGGGUAACGCGGCCGAGCACGCGACGGCUGUCACCGUGGCUUGCAAGGACAAGAUGGACCUAGCCAUCGGCGUGGCCGUCGGCUCAAGUAUGCAGAUCGCGUUGUUGGUGUUGCCCUUGAUCAUUGUGAUCGGGUGGGGAAUGGGCAAUGAUGACAUGACCCUCUACUUUGACGGUUUCCAGGUGAUCCUACUAUUUGUUGCUGUUCUUCUGGUCAACUAUCUCAUCGCCGAUGGAAAGUCGCACUGGCUCGAGGGUGUUUUACUCAUGAUGAUGUACUUGAUCAUUGCCGUGGCUGCUUGGUUUUACCCGAGCAAGACCACCGUCACUUAA